CACGUGAGGUGCCAAGGAGAAGCGACUUGUAAUGACGUGUUACAUUGUCCAGCCAAGGGAAAGUUGUUUGCGGCACACUUUUUAGACAUGCCAUUAACAUAACUUCCCCGCCUGUUAGCACAAGACACUAUUUACUUUGCCAUCAAUUCAAGUGACAAGUAAGACUCACGUAAGUGCCUAACAGGACAAUUUGUAGAUUUUAGUAUGUCGCAUUAAUCCCAUCGUCCCGUUCGGUAUGGAAUCGGGAAAACAGGAAAAACCACAUGCACGCCUUCAUCGCCCAGGGUUGUAAAUACCGUGGACCUAACGUAGGGCCACACAGUCGACAGGCUUCGAAUGGCGAAUUAAUCCCUUCGGCCGUAUUUCUUCGUAGUCGGGAGGUCGUCAAACUUCGCCAAGCAAAAUCGUCCGAGUGUUGAGCGUAAUUUUCUCUAAUCUAGCCUAUCAAUUGGGACGGGGACAGCGACAGGCGAACAUCGGCGGAUUCCUGAAAAUCGCUCGAUAAUCGAGAGAGUACCGGGUGUAUUACUGUCGAAAACUGGGUCGAUUUGAGCUCGCAGGUUCGUCCGUCAACCAUUUUUUUCUGCUGUGUAAGAGAAACGGCCGACAUGCCGGCCCUGAAGGCAGCCUAUCUUCUAUCUCUUCUGUUGGUGACGUUACAACAGGCCGCUUCUACAGAGAACUCCACAUCCCUCACACGUCAUUUAGAGAACUCCACAUCCCUCACACGUCAUUUAGAGAACUCCACAUCCCUCAAGAAGCCUGACAUUCUUCGUCUGCAUGAAGAUCUGUUUGUGAAGAGCGGCUACCACCCCUAUAUCCGCCCCAUCAGAGACCUCAAACGACCCACUAAUGUCACACUAGAUCUGGCAAUGGCUAACAUCAUAAACCUGGACGAGAAGAACCAGAUUCUGACGGCAGAGGUCUGGUUAAGAAUGAAAUGGACUGACGAGUUUCUGACCUGGAAUGUGAGUGAGUACGGUGGGAUAGAGACCAUUGCAACACAAGCGGAGAAUAUCUGGAGACCAGACAUGUUCCUUUACCACAACGUAAACCACGAGUUUGGCGGGUGGCUGGAGGAUGUGGUGAUGAUCUCUUCUAACGGCCAGGUGGACUGGAAAGCCCCCGCCGUGACCAUGUCUGCCUGUCUAGUGGACGUGUCUGACUUCCCCUUCGACAAACAGAAAUGUUACCUACAGUUCGGCUCCUGGAACCAGGACGGUCGCCAUGUUGACUACUUCAGUGAGAGCGAAGUUGGGGACAUGGCGAAUUUAAUCCGAAACGUGGAGUGGGAUGUACCGAAACUGUCGGUGGAAAGACACGAACAUAAUUUCAACGGUGUUCCGUAUCCGGACGUGACCUUCACCAUGCACAUGACCCGGCGAUCCACGUUCUACGUCAUCAACAUGUUCCUGCCCUGCGCCCUGCUGGCCUUCGUGGUGGGGGCGACCUUCUACCUGCCGCCCGACUGCGGGGAGAAGAUCUCGUUCGGCGUGUCGGUGCUGCUGACUCUGACGGUGUUCCAACUAGUGGUCGCACAGGAGGUGCCGCAGUCAGAAAGCGUCCCCACAGUAGGUCUGUUCAUCAUCGUGUCACUGGCGCUCAUGACGCUCUCCCUCCUGGCCACUACGUUUGUCAUGAACCUGGGAGACUCUGGUGAGGAGAACCACCCGGUACCUGGGUGGGCGCGGAAAGUGUUUCUCAAGUACAUCUCUAGAGCACUGCUGAUGGGCGACCAGUCCGGACAGAACGAGGACGAGCUUUGGUACCGGUACAACGCGUACCCCUCACCCGAGCACAUGAAAAACAACACUAUAUAUAUAAACCGCAAAGUAGACGGGAACAGCAUAUACUCUGGUACCGAACGGAGAUCGAGACUUGGCUUGCCAGCUAGACCAGAGAGGAAGAGCCGGGCAUCGCCGACCAAGCUGGAGUACCUGCUGGAAAUCAAAGGCGCGGUUGAAGAAAUCUCCGCGUACAUGGAGAAGUUGGACACGGUGAAAAACAUCCACAACGACUGGAAGACGCUGGCGACAGUGGUGGACAGGAUCUUUCUCGUUCUGUACCUGGUGGCCUGUAUCAUCGCCCUUGUGGUGACCUUGCUGAACCUCAGGGGAUUCAUGGAGCCGGAAGGGAGUCAUGCCGGAGACGACACAUCAUAACGUUUUCUCAAGUUGCUUCAGUCCUAAAAUACAUGUACUGUGCUUGGCCUCAGUGAAUAACAAACAACAAAAUGCUUCCCAGGGUAACUGGGCCUGGGUUUCUGGUUUGCCCCCGCGUUAAUACACAUCAUGUUAUACGCCAAGGUUACUCACUUCGACGCGGUAAAAAUUCUGUCGGCGUGUCGCCUCAUGACGCACAAUUCGAAAUCGCCCUCUGCGGAAAUCAACUAAACUGCAGUCGCCUCUUUAAACCUCCUGGUUAACAUUCUUGCUACCUUCGCCAAGAAGGUAAUUUAUACGUUUUUGUUCCAAGGACAUUAUAUAGUGUCCUUGUUUAUACAGUCACGAACUCGCGAAGACCUUCACAAUCCAAAUACUAGUAAUACAUAUACCUGAAAGCCGACAUGUUUUUAUACCACACAGCACGUAUACACCUGUCUACCUGUCACAUAAGACUUUCUAGCCGGGAUUCACCAAUGUUGUCUGUACAUUUUUCUAUACCCGCGUCAUAGACCCCCUGGGUUCGCCCAUGAAUACUGUAUAGUGCGACCUUCCAAGGCAUUCAAUCCUUGUUCCUAGAAACGUAACAGACAACCGGAAACGACCCACACAGGAAGUGAUGACCGUGCUUUUUUAAGUUCUAUCUAUGACUCGUGGUGAAAGGUAUUUUGGGG